AUGAAGCGAUAUACACGUGUUCCCGCGCCGAGACGUGGUGUAGGACGACCACGCAAGAGGGCGUUGGGAUCUCUAGUGACGGAGUCGCCAGAGAGGUCUGCUGGGAUCGAGCCUGUUAGUCAGGGACAGACUCCUCAUGGUACUGCGGCCACGUUGGCCUCUCAGAUUCCGACGGGUCCUUCUCCAGAGGUACCCACCUUGACUGUACCCGUCGGACCCACCUCUACAGUAUUCACUGUACCACCUGCGGCACACCUGGCCCCUCCACCAGCAGUGCCUGUUGCUGCGUACCCGGCACCUCCUCCAGUCGUGCCUACGGCGUACCCGGCAUCACCAUCACCGGUGUCUGCUACUACAUACCCGACACUUGUACCAGCAGUACCAGUUACUCCUUAUCUAGUACCACCACCUACCAUACCUCCAGCUGCUCCUACCUACAUUGACCCUGCAGUGCCACCAGUGAUACCUGCCCCGGCUUAUGUAGCACCAAGGGUACCUUCCCCGGCCUAUUCAGUAGUACCACCCUUAGUAUAA